UAUUACUGCUGCUUAAAUUUUUCCCUCACGCCUCCAAAACCCAUGACCCAACGCAAGUCCUACACGCGAACCCCACCUCUGCGCCUCACUUCCUUCUUCUUCUUCGGUGCUUCUUUUCUUCAUCUUCAUUUUCAUGCUUCAUGCUGCUGCAACGCAUCGCAUCCAUCCCUUCAUCGUCAAAUGGUCGCAAAUUUUCAGCUGUUCAAUCUCUCUACUCCGCCAUAGUCAAACCCACUGCAAAAAAAUCAAGAAGCUAAUACCCAUGUGGAUCGCUGCAAAUAAAUCCAUACCCAUGCGAAUGUCAUCGUCACUGGGAGCUGGGGAGCGAGGAAGACGGUAGUGAGACCGCACCGUAUUGCUUAGCUGAAAACAAUUGAUAGAAGGCAGAGUUUUGGACAUUAUACAAAACCGAAUUUCCGAACCAAUUUGGUUCCUCUCUUAAUUCGGUUCGGUUCACCGGAUGCUCCCCCCUGUCUAUGGUUGGCAUUAGGUGAUGGCGUUUUGUUGCUUUUACUUCACAGCAAGAAUCCAAUAAUAUAAAAAAGUACAAAGCAAAAAAGUUGAACCAAAGCCUUAAUUUUUAUUUUCUUUAAAACAUUGGCUUGCUAUGGUUUUCUAAAUUUUUAUUAUUAGGUUAUUAGUUCCAUUAGAAAUGGUAGUUCAACACUGACAUUCAAAAUUUUCUAUUGAAUAUGGGGAAGUCAAGGUGCUCAAUAUGCUUCUUAAAUCUCAUGAAUUUACAUGAAAUCUGAUUUUGUAAAUUAACAGUUCUUUUUAUUUAUUUAUUUUUAUCUUUUAUGAUUCUUUUUGAGUGCAGACAAUAUUCUACAACUAAAAGCGGCUUGCAAAUUCGAGAAGAAGCUUUUGUUUUUAUGCCAGUGAGUUUUAGUUUCUAAAGCCUCUAAUGGAAAAAUCAAAUUUGAUCAGUGUACAGUCUUCCUUCAACGUUAUCCUUCAACCAGCAGUUUACUAGAAGGAUGAUGCCCUCCUGUUUAGCUAUUUCAACAUCUAAAACAAUCUCCCAGUUUCGUCAUCAAUUAUCAAAAUUUAGAACCUUUUCUCACGUGGGCUUCUCUGAUUACACCGAACAAAGAUUGAGAAAUGAUCAUAAAAGUGCAGCAUUCACCAAUCCAUUGACCCCUGCAGGUGCAGAUAUGGAGAAAAGCAUAUAUGCAAUUCUCACCAUAGAGCGUUGGGAGUCACUGAACCACAUGGAAUAUAAACUCGCUUCACUGAGGCCCGUCCAUGGGAGGCUGGCAUUGAAAUUCCUCAACUGGGUCAUCAGGCAACCUGGUUUGGAACUUGGUCAUCUCACCCACAUCUUCUCCAUCACUACUCAUAUACUUGUUAGAGCUAGAAUGUAUGAACAUGCCAAAUCAAUUUUAAAACAUUUCUCACAAAUAGGUAUUGGUUCAAAGUCUGUUUUUAGUGCUUUAAUGAACACAUACCAAUUUUGUAAGUCAAACCCUUCGGUAUUUGAUCUUUUGAUUAGGAUUUAUUUGAGGGAAGGAAUGGUCAGUGAUGCUUUGAAGACCUUUUAUUUGAUGGGUUUUCGGGGGUUUAACCCUUCUGUUUAUACUUGUAAUAAGAUGCUGGGUUCAAUGGUGAAGGACCAGAGAGUUGGAAUGGUUUGGUUGGUUUUUAAGGAAAUGCUUGCUAGGAGGAUUUGUCCUAAUGUUGCUACAUUUAAUAUAUUGAUCAACAUUUUGUUUGUGGAAGGGAAGAUUAAGAAAGCUGGUUAUCUUUUAAGAAAGAUGGGAGAGAGUGGUUAUAUGCCAAAUGUAGUCACGUAUAAUACUGUGCUCAAUUGGUAUUGCAAGAAGAGACGAUAUAAGGCAGCUUUUGAGUUGAUUGAACAAAUGGAGUCUAUGGGUAUUAAAGCGGAUGUAUGCACAUAUAAUAUGCUUAUUGAUGAUUUGUGUAGAAACAAUAGGAGUGCAAAAGGUUAUUUACUUUUGAAAAAGAUGAGGAAGAGAAUGAUAUCUCCUAAUGAGGUCACCUAUAAUACUAUAAUUAAUGGAUUUGUGAAGGAGAGAAAGAUGGGAGUUGCUACUCGGGUUUUUAAUGAGAUGUCUAUGCUUAACCUUUUGCCAAGCCUUGUUACUUACAAUGCUUUGAUUGAUGGUCAUUGUAAUGAGGGUAAUUUUGAACAAGCUUUGAGGCUUUUGGAUAUUAUGGAAGCAAGAGGACUAAGGCCUAAUGAAGUCAGCUAUGGUGCUCUUUUAAAUGGUUUGUGCAGGCAUGCCAAAUUUGAAUUAGCCAGAAUCCUUCUUGAGAGAAUGAGGAUGGAUGGAAUGAUUAUUGGUUGUAUAGCAUACACAAUGAUCAUAGAUGGCUUAUGCAAACAUGGAUUACUUAAUGAAUCUGUGCAGUUGCUUGAUAGGAUGCUCAAUGAUGGUGCAAGUCCUGAUGUUAUCACAUUUUCUGUGCUCAUAAAUGGAUUUUGUAGAGUAGGGAAAUUUCAAAAUGUGAAGGAAAUAAUAUGUAAAAUGUAUAAAGCUGGAAUUUCCCCAAACAAUAUCAUAUAUGCUACUUUAAUAUACAAUUAUUGCAAAAUGGGGAAUGUUAUGGAAGCAUUCAAGGUCUAUGUUGCUAUGAAUCGCAAUGGCUAUGAUGCUAACUAUUUUGUGUAUAAUUUGUUAGUGUCGUCUCUUUGCAGAGAAGGAAAGGUUGGAGAAGCAGAGGAUUUCUUGCAUCACAUGCAUAGGAUUGGCAUAAUCCCUAAUUCCGUCACUUUUGAUUGUAUUAUAAAUGGCUAUGGGAGUUUGGGCAAUUGGUUAAAAGCAUUCUCUAUGUUUGAUGAGAUGAUCAAAUUAGGUCAUCAUCCGAGUCAUUUUACAUAUGGUGGUCUGCUUAAAGGACUAUGCAAGGGUGGAAAUUUGGAGGAGGCAAAGAAAUUGUUGGAUAAACUCCAUUACAUUCCGUGUGCUGUCAGUACUUCUACCUAUAAUACGAUUCUUGCAGAGACAUGUAAAUGGGGGAGAAUGUCAGAUGUUGUGGCCCUUUUUGAUGAAAUGGUCCAACGUAAUGUGCUGCCCGAUAGUUAUACAUAUACUAUUAUUGUUGCUGGAUUAAGUAGAAGGGGCAAGCUGGUUGCUGCUCUUCUUUUUCUUGGGGAAGUGCUAGCAAAAGAAAAACUCUCUCCAGAUAAGGUAAUGUAUACCAGUUUGGUUGACGGUCUUUUCAAGGUUGGUCAAUCAAAGGCUGCAUUUUAUAUAUAUGAAGAGAUGGAAAACAAUGGGCUACAUCCUGAUACUGUUGCAAUAAACGCAGUUAUGGAUGGAUACUCAAGGAUGGGAAAAAUGGCAAAGGGGGGCGAUCUCUUCACAAUGAUGUGGAAUGGUCAUAAAGCAUCCCCUAGUUUGGCUACAUAUAAUAUUCUCCUACAUGGUUAUGCAAAGAAAAAGGAUUUGCCAAAAUGCUCUAAUUUAUACAAUAUCAUGAUGAGGACAGGUAUUUUGCCCGACAAGUUGACUUGCCAUUCUCUAAUUCUUGGACUUUGUGAGUGUGCUAUGUUGGAUAUUGGUCUUAAACUGUUGAAAAAGAUGAUAAUAGAAGGUAUCGUAGUUGAUCAUUGUACAUUUAACAUUCUUAUCACGAAGUAUUGUGAAGCAGGUGACAUGGGAAAAGCUUUUGAUCUGUUGAAUGUUAUGAACUUAUCUGGAGUUUGUCCUGAUGUAAAUACCCACAAUUCCAUCCUUAAUGGACUCAACAGAAUUUCUGCUGUCCAAGAAUCCCAUCUUCUAUUGCAUGAAAUGUUGGAGAGGGGUUAUAUUCCUCAGUGCGCACAGUAUAUUACUUUAAUUAAUUGUAUGUGUAGAAUGGGGGAUAUACAAGGAGCAUUCAAGCUAAAAGAUGCAAUGGAAGCAUUUGGUGCGAUUUCCCAGAGUGUUGCUGAGAGUGCUAUGGUAAGAGGGCUUGCCAAGUGUGGUAAGGUUGAAGAAGCAAAGCUGGUUCUUGAUUUCAUGCUUCAGAAGAGCCUCAUUCCAACUCUUGCUACUUUUACUACUUUAAUGCACAUGUACUGCAGUAAUAAUAACAUCUUGGAGGCCUUAAAGUUGAGGGAUAAAAUGGAGCUUUGGGGUGUCAAACUUGAUGUUGUUGCGUACAAUGUUCUCAUAUUAGGCCUCUGUGCUGAUGGUGAUGUUGCAUCUGGAUUUAAACUGUACGAAGAGAUGAAGGAAAGAGGCUUUUUGCCCAACAUGACAACCUAUUGCAUUCUCAUUGAUUCCAUUUUCAAAGAUGGUGGUGUUAUUGUUAACGGUGAAAUACUUUUAAAGGAUUUACAGGCAAGGGGAGUGAUAUCUGGUCAUUGGAAUGGAGGCAUCAGACAGGGGUUGAUAAUUGCCAUGAACAAGUUGAAAUCCUGGAGGCAAAACGGAAGUAGAUGAUGCCAAAAUCUAGCGGGGUAGCAAAUUUUAAGAGUGGGAAUAAAGGGCAGAGGAUGCUAUGAUGGACUUCCAUUAUGUAAUCAGUUGUAUUACUCGUGAUUUGGUGAAAUUCCCUCUGGUUCCUGCUUAGCUAUCAUGGGAAUCAUAGUCUUCUCUGAAGAUGUUGAAAUGGCUUUACAUCGAAUUUCUUGACAUUAGGAGUGGAAGCAUUGCAGAGAAACACAGCUUGCAUGUUCUGUGGGUUUUGUGUCAAUCUUUUUUCCAAUAUUUGUUUUAUCUAGCAGGUGCCUGUCUCAGCAUCAAUGACUGGAAGUUACUGAAAAUGCUUUCAUGUUGUCUCUCUGUUGGUGAGAGGUGGCAACUAGUUGGCUAGAUCACAGACACGUGUUUCAGUAAUCUGAAGCUAAAGGGGCCAAUAUAACAAGUAGACUAACUUGUUGUCUAAUGUUAGCGUUUGGAACAAAUUUGGAGAUGCAAAUUUGUCCGAGAUGUAGCUGCAUGUGGGUGUCAUCUUGCGGAUGCAGCAUAACCAACAUUAAUUAGACCGAGGAUUUUCUGAUGAGCACUAUUUUACCGAGGAUUUGCUGAUGAACACUAUUUUGUGGCCCGCCAAUCAUGUGUUGGUGAUACAUGGCCAUAAAAUAACCAAAUUGAGAACCACAUCUUCAUGUAGGUGGCAUCCCAAUGAAGGUGUAGUUAGUAACUCUUUGUUUAUAUUGAGUCACGAGAUGCCAGUGAGGCAACCAAAUCAAAUGGUGUGUGUCUGAAUCUCUCUUCCAUUUGCGCCAUAUCUGGAGGCAUAGAGACAGAAUCAUAACAUUUGUUGAUAAUAUACCCCUAAAGUCAGGCAUCUUACUCUGCAAAAUAUAAUGCCUUGCUGUUGGCAUGGCAGAAAGAAUCUAGCAAUUGCUAUAGUUUGACUUCGUUAAUAAUUUCAUAAUUGCUUUUACCA